AUUUGCCAUGUUAUGUACGAAACAAAUUUCAAUGUGGAUUUCCCGAUGACUGGAAAGAAGUGAAAUUAAUGUGGAAGAAAUACAUAAUGCAGGGGAGGCCAUGUAACUUCAGUUGGACAUGUGAAGGUACUUCAGAAUGCAGAGAGAAUUCAACAAAGCAAAAGAAGAAAAUUCCUACAGAGACUUCAUCACCUGUUGAAGAAAGAGGGGGUGCUGAAGUACCUCCACAAGCAUUAAAUUCUAUGGUGCAAUCACUUUCUGCCUACCAGUCACAAUCAAUAGCUGUGAAAAGUGUAGGAAAGUCACAUUUAAAGUCUACAGUACACCAACAACAUGGUAAACAGUGUGAUUAUAAAGAAGUGGAAGUACGUGUAAAGCAACUAAAUUCCACCAUGAUACAAGAAGGUGACAAGCAGCUGGAUGUUGAUGGAACAGAAAUGUGUGUCAUACAGCCAAAUUCUACCACAGAACUCGUACAAGAAAGUUUGAAGCAAUCAAAUUUUAGAGAAAUGAAAGUAUGUUCAACGCGAAUUUCUACUGCUGUACAAAAAUAUGGCAGGCAGUCAGGUGUUAAAGCAACAAAAGUACGUUUAAAACAGCCGAAUUCCAACAUAGUAGAAGAAUGUGACACGCAGUCAAAUGACAUAGAAGUGAUACUUGUAGAUCCACCAAAUGCUGUUCCAGUCACUAAAAAAGUAUUGUCUCAAUCACUGACAAAUCGUGGUACUUCUGAUGGACACUCAUGCACUCCUGUUAACACAGUUUUGAAUGCUGCUGAGACUAGUGCCUUGUUGAACCUGCAUGUUCUUCAUAGAUGGGCUCCUGUUCUGAUAAAACCAGGCAAAUUAAAAUUAACAGGAUAUUUACAAAGCACUUGUUCCUCAGAGGCGUUCCAUACAACUGAUAUAGUUGUACGACGUAAAGAUUUUGACUGUUUUGUGUGUCAUGAUGGGACUGCCUACAAGUUACAGGGCCCAUUUGAAGAUCACAAACACAGUAAGUUACUCAUAUUGUGUAUUAUUGGGGAUAUUCAUGGAAGUAUUAAAUUAUCAUCAUCCCCCCCUCCUUGUGUUGUUGUUGCCCUCCUUUCGCUUUUUAUAUGGGUCACUGGAUGAAAUGUCUUCAAGAUAUUAUCUUCCCACAAUCUUCUUUAUGAUUUCUUGUUACUUCUUUUCUCUAUUUCUGAUGUCUUCUGUUAUGACUAUUUUGUUAUGGGUUUGAUAUAAAUUUUAAUUCUAAUAACCGUACUUUAACUAAAGCUCAAAAAAGCUUUGAGUGUCUAAAGAAUUAUUUUUGGCACAAAAAUUAAUAGAUAAAUACAUUAAAUAUGGAUCUGAUUAAAACCUAAAAAGUUUAUCUAAUUCACUUUUUUACAUGAGGAUUAUUUAACAACAUAAUUUCUGACUACGUAAUGUGAUAUCAGCACUUUGCAAUUAACAUCAAUGCCAGUGAGGUAUGCAGACUAGCAACGAGUGUUGUUAUCAUAUUAAGUGAUGAGGGUAUAUUUCAUAGAAUUUCUCACAAAUAGCUCAUUAAAGGUUUAUUUAACAUACGCAAAUUAUAUGUCUCCCUCCAUAUUUUUGGAGUAGUUAACAAGGUAAAGAAGAAUUUAUUUUUGACCAUCAGAUAAAUUGUACUUUCAACCUUAACCUUUAUUGUCUGUCUUUAUCAUAAUCUAUUUUGAUGGCACAUUCGCAGGUCCAGCAG